UUUCGUAGAGUGGAAGGUGGAUUACAAUAAGACCCUCAAGGUGGAUUAGUAGCAUGAAUUGAUCUAGAAUACGGUUACAUAAAGAAAAAAUCGCCCAGAUACUACACAUCGGUUAAAACGUUCGAGAGAUUCGUUUCCGCUGAUAAGAAAUAGAUCACCGAGAUAGGACUUCGAAUACAUCCUCACCCGGAUCCCAACAUCAGUUCGGUGGCGACAGUGUUGCAGAGCAGCCGAAUAGUAAACGAAUUGCAAUGAAAGUAGCUGUAUACGUUCUGCUGAUGUGCUUCUGUACUUUAGCAGCAGCAGCAGCAGAUACCUCAUCCACUGCACUUUGCGUGAAACCACGAGGGAAAGUAUGCUCCAUUAAGGUGCUAACCGAGGUGACCAGCGACUCAACGAGCGGCCAACUAUUUCCAGACCUGACCGACCGGGUCGAACUACAUGUGGCCACAGGACAGGUGAAAGCCCUAACGGAAGCCAACACACAGGGCAGCAACAUGGAGAAGCUGCGUAUCCUGCGCCUCGAAGCUCUCGGACUGGAAAGUGUCUUCGUGCGUGAACACUUUGAAGAGCUGCAUCUGAGCGGGAAUCGGAUCGUUAAUCUCACGACCACUGGUAGCCCUAGAAGCAAUUGCCAUCUUAAGGUGCUCGAUUUGCGAAAGAAUCAGUUCGCAAACGUAUCGCAGCUACAGCCGUUCGGCGAGCUGGUCGAGCUGCAGCUUGACGAUAACCAGAUUACCGUGCUACCGCUGGAACCUUUCACAAGGAUGAGCCAACUACGGGUGCUGUCGCUCGCUGGCAACAGGAUCAACCAGAUUGUGCCCAGUGUCGCGCGGUUUGAACUCGGUGAGUUGGAGUACUUUUCAUUGGCACGCAACGAGCUGGUUCGCUUCGGUACAGCCAAUUGGGAACUGCCGUCACUCAAAGCGCUACUGUUGAACAACAAUCGAUUGGUGGAGUUGCCGGAUUUGAGUGAUUUUGAGCAGUUCUUUAGUUUGGAGCAACUCACUCUUGGGGCGAAUGAUUGGAGCUGCAGUUGGCUCGACAGCGUGCUGGGGAGCGUGCUCCGGGAGGAUAGGGAAACCAGCAUAAAGCUGGAUAACGGUCCAAACACCGAGUGUCCAUCGGAAAAGGUGAGCGGGAUUUGCUGUAAGUUCACGAUAUCGUCCAGCAAUGAUACCACUCCCGGCACCGCCAGUAGUGAACUGUUUGUGCCGGAAAUCCACCAAGCGCGAGAGCAAACCGAGAAACUCACGGCAAUACACGACGAGUUCAAGCGGAGCUGGGACGAGCGGCUGAAGGCGCUACAUACGAAGCUCCAGAGCAUGCUAGUGAUCGCGAUGGCUGAGCUACAGACGAAGAAACCCGUCACUGUACUGCAGGUGACGCAACUGAGGCAGGAAUUGGAAGGUUUGAGGAAUCAAAGCAAAUCGCUAGAAACAGGCAAGGAGUUGCACCAUCGGAUGGAGAAACGGUUGGCACAUUUCAUGAUCGAAAUGAAGAACAAACUGUUACAGCAGACGAUCGAAACGGAUAAACUGUUGUCGCAGGUGUACGAGCUGCGGUACAGCUUCGAUCAGCAGCUCAAGGAACGCACCGCAGAGAAUGUUACAAGCUCUCAGAGUACUGUCUAGAUCUUUAUAUAUUUUUUCGUGCUUAAGAAGCUCGAGAAGCAUGAGUCUCAAUAAAGUUCAAGGCGAAGGA